AUGGACUUUGAUGAUCCGUCCAGCUCUGAGGAGGGAGGCGGCGGGGGGACCAAUUCCGUGUCCUCUGGUAAUGAGCCGCCGUCGCCAGCAGUUGCCACACAAGUCAUUUCUCUGCCUUCUUAUCCGAGGCCUGAGACGGCCACCCUGCCCAUGGCGGUGGGCAAAUGCAACUGCCGUGAAGUUCAAUCCUUCGUCUUUGAUGAUGACAACGACGACGGUGGCGAUGAUGACGAACAAAAUGGCAGCAACGACAGUGAUAAGAAGGAGAUCAUGAGGCGUGGCUUGGAGCGUGCAUCAUAUGAUUUUUGUGAGGGGCAUCUGCACCACCAACUUGUUGAAUCCGCAGAAAACGUUGUGCGCCCCUUGGCCCGUCACGGGUGCGAUGCGCUGAGGGGCAUGGGACGCCUUGGUGACCAGCUCACAGGGGUGACUGACACCCAUGAGCUCGUGGACGAUGAGGAGGGGGCGGUGGUGGGAGAAGAAACCGAGGAAGAAGAGGAGGAGGAGGAAGAAGAAGAAAUGUCAAAAGACAUAGUGGAGAGCGAUGAUAAGGAAAUGCUCUACGUUGAAGAGAACAGGGAAUGGGACAGUGUGCUUAGAACAAUGUCGUUGGUUGACGUAACGCUGCUGAGUCACUUUUACGUAGGUUCAAACCUCAGUGGUGAGGAGACUGAAGUGUCGAUGGAGGGAUCCGUAUUUGUCACGGAAACGAUGGUGAAGACUAUCUCACUCUUCUACACGAGGCCUGCGAAAAAACCGGGCGAUGAGGCGGCGGAAAUUCUUCAAAUGGCCUUUGAUACGCUGCAUCGUUUGGCAUUACACAUGCGAUCCAUGCAAACAAUCCUCACGGAAGCAGGGUUGACGAUUGAUAAUCAGAUUCAAGAGGACGAAGAAGGAGAAGAUGUGGAAAGUGAAGCCAUCGCAGAUCGAAGUGGGGUGGAUCUUAGAAAGGUCAUUUUUCGUGGAGUGCAUUCUUUACAUGUGGACUCUUCAUGCCGGUUGAUUGGGGUGAUUGAUAUUGAUGCAUGUACGGUGAGUCUCUCAGAUGUGGUUGCCUUUAGCACUCUCCCCUUUUCACAGCAAGAACUAGUGGCCAUUCUGAAGUCCGUCAUUCAGAAGGUUGCUGUCUUACAUGACGCUGGGUUUGUUCACGGGUGUCUUCACAGUGGCAACGUUCUUUGCUGCACGGAUGACGGAAGAACGGUGCUCACAGGAGCAUGUGGUAUUAUGAGUAACCCACUGCUUCCAGCAGAUGCCUCAUUUAUUUCUCCGCGUCUUGCAAGAGCCCUUCAACCGUUUGUAAAACUUGUAUGGAGCCAUCACGAAAAGGUGAAUGAAGAGACUUUUCCGUGGACAUCAGAUCCUGCAUUUCAUCGUGCUGUCUUGGAGCGCUAUGGUUGUACAAGUGAGACCGAGAUGCGGCCGAAGGCAUCGGAUGAUAUUUAUGCGAUUGGCAUUUUGGUCGUCACCUGUUUGCUCGGCGUGCCUCCGUUCCAUUCUGCCACGCUGAAGGAAGUUGUUGAAACGUUAUCGUCACACAAUCCUGAAGAUGAUGAUGAUGGCUCCUCUCUCUUGGGAAAUGUGCUUACGAGCAAUUACGCUCUACAACGAUUUAGAAUUGCGGGUUACACGGAAGCAUUUAUUGCCUCGGCCAAAGAUUUUGUGCACAUGUGUCUAAGUGCUGCCUCCAACCCCGCCAUCGGGGCGCAGUUUGUGUCGAAGAGUUUACUGAAGCAUUCCUUUUUUGUUGAAUUCCCCAUUCAGCCAAAUCCAAAAAGCAGCAGCGAGGGGGCGCCGAUGAGGGAGGAUGAAGUGGACGAAGCGGCUUUGAUGGAUCGGACCGUGCACUGCCUGUUGUACCCCAUUUUUUUGUCAAUGGACUGUGUGAAGAAGGAUUGUGGUACCACGCCGUUGCUGCCACGAUUGUUGCGGAAUUCCAUUUUUGCCUCGCGCUGGGAUGCCCUUCACUACGGCCAGUCAUAUCAUCAUGCGAGGGGAGUGGCAUGCAAGACGGACACGGUAGGCAUCCUCUGGCCAUCUUUGGAAAGACGACAGGUCUUAAAGGACGAUGAAAGUCAGGGCGAGGAAACUGCAGUCAAGUCUCUCUUGUAUCGAUCGUUGGUCCAUGCAUUCAAACCUUUUUCUCAGAAAAUGGCAGAUAGUAAUACCGUGACUUUGACGAGUACUGUAGUGUCCAAAGGUAUGCGGGUAGAUGUCGAGGCCCAUGCGCUGGUUUUUAGUGGAAAAUCCAACAAUCGCCUCGUACUUUAUAGAGAUGAGGUGCCUGUUGGAUACGGAUCGUCUGUGGAUACUCUCAUCCUUCAAGAUUUGGAGAAUUGUGUUAUAGAGAUUUUGAUGGGGUUUCGUUUUGUCCUUGUUUCUAAUGUACGUGGUUGCGAACUUCUUCUCGGACCAUGUCACUACCUAUAUUUUGAAAAGGUGUUUGACUGUGUCCCUGUUAUUGUGUCAAGUGCACAUCUCUUGUUGCGUGAUGUCUCUCAUGUUGAUUUUCACUGCGGUGGAGGCGCAGCCCCACGUGCUUACGGGAGCGCGCCAUUACCUGCGAAUGUAACGGCGUUACCGUACACCAUGGCUUAUGCGGGGUUAACUGCCGAUUUUGCAGCCGUGUCGCUCCCGCAAGAGCACAUGGUCACUAUGCUGCCCAGAGGGUCUGUUUCCAAUGCGUCAGCGCCUGUUUCACGGACAAUAAAAUUAUAUAACAUGCUACGUGGUGGGUUUGACUACCCGUAUUCUCAUGCGCUGGCGGCCUUUGGGACUCGUUUCACUCACGAAAACGACGGUAUCAGCAAUUUGUUUCUGUUUUUUUCGGAGGUUGCGGGGAAAAGUGUUCGCAUCGCACAGAUUCACGGCGAUCAAAAUGCCACUUUGGGGGAGACAUCGUCCUUUUCACCCAAAGUGUCAUCGCGUUUCUCGUCAUGGCCCUAUCGUCAUGGGAGGGAUGCGGAAUCGGAGUUGAAAGACAUGGCCGCCGAUGGGAGUGGUUCCAGCUAUCCAAUCAUAUUCAUCAUGGACCUUGUUGGGGACUGCGUCAUUGAAGACUGCUCACACUGCACCGUUUUUAUUGUGGGCUCCUCCGAGAGCGUCACCGUACGGCGAUGCACUGAGAUGUGCCUCUUCCUCAUGGCAAAGGAAGCAUUGUUUGAAUAUUGUUAUCGUAUGGAGACCCACUUGCUAGUGACGGAGUACCUGCUCCUGGAUCAUUGUUACCAGAUGAAUCUCAUUCCGCUAGCACUAGAGGCGCCGCAUUUGGAGGAAAUUCUUGCAUCCAUCAUUGACGGAUGCAGCGAUGAAUCUCUCCGCAGACUUCUUGAACAUGCGUUAAGUCAGAAGAAUGAAAAAGCAUUGAAUGUUCUUCUACGUGCGGAAUUUAACGGCGAUGCCGUUGAAUUGGAGGAAUGUGUUGACAUGCACAUAGAAAAUAACAGAGAGCAGAUGAUACUGGUGGACUUUGUGCCAAGCGAUGUACCACUUUCGAGUUUUUUUUACGAGGCAUCUCAAGGUUUACGCCAAUUGAGUAAAUGGGUAGUGGUGCCAUUUUUACAGAAGACAUGGAAGAAAGAUAAAGAUUUUACGCAUAAUAUUGAACUACCGCCUGUAUGUUUACAUGACCUUGUCAAUGCGUUUAUUCUUCGUCUUCCUGGAACAUUGAACCCUUGCGCAGCCCCUGACGGAGCCUCAUCUCUAUUUGAUGUUGUUCUGGAACGCAUUUCCUUUGGGGUUGUGCAUCUCGUGGAGGCAGUGCGGACGCUGAUUAUUCGUGAUUGCACUGGGCCUCUGGACAUCAUUGUUUGCUCGGCAAGUCGUGUCAUUAUGGAAUCAUGUGAGAAUGUAACUUUUCAAACCGCCUGUGGCGCCUUUAUUGCAAGGAAUUGUCAUGUCUGUCACGUUGCACUACACGUAAAUACUCCGCCACGGUAUGAAGACUGUACAUUUAUGCAAGCAUCGACGCUCAAUAUCACCUCGAAAGACUUUGAGAGCCACUUAGCACGUGCGGGUGUAGAAAUAGAAGUGAACCUUUUUGAUCAGCCAAUAGUGCAGUGCCUGCAUGCAGAAGGGGAUGUGCCUUCCUCUGACAAGGUGCCCGAGAUGGAUGCUGUCGAUUCAGUGGAACGGGCGCGCUUAAUACUUCAACGCCCCGUUACCUUUGUUGCCCCCCUUUCAGCCACGUGUCUUGGAAUUGAGGAUGCAUCCUUUAUUGGCUCCUUGGAGGACCGUGUCAAUCAUGAGGCGAAGGUAAGGCCGUGCUAUGACAAUGAUAUCAUUGCUGCUUUUUCAUUUCUCUUACACCGGCAAUUGAUGCAGUCGUUAACUACGCAUGAUCCUUUGAAAAGUGCAGAAAUUGAGGAGCCACGUUUUGUCCGCUUAGAAUCCCCGAGAAUCACGUUGAUGGAGAGCCAGCAGGUGGAGGAACGGCACUUUGAUCCACUUUUUGAACGCAUUGCGGAUGAUGCGGGAAUCGACUCUUUUGAUGCCGAGGAGGAGUCGUCUCUUCCUCCUGCUUUAAAGCCUGGGAGUGGUGUGCCUCAAUUACCCGAACACAACCCAGUCACCGGCACGACGGAUUUGAGUCCUCGGGGUAAUGGCUUUCGGGUUUUUGGGAACGACAGUGAGAGCGAGCGCAAUAGAGUGCCCCAUGACGAUUAUCCCUGCGGCGAUGAAGAAACCAUUGAUGUUGUUGAUGCCGCCAUGAGCGCUCCCGAUGAUGACGACGACGAGGAUCCGACGACUGACCGAAAAUGGUGUGAGAUGGGUGGGGACAAAACAAGUGGAGAGCAUCAAUACCCUUCGGAAGCACAACCAGUGAGCCGCGAUACAUCUUUGCCUCAAGGCACCUUUAAAGAUACUCGGUUGAGUGCAGACGAAAGGGAAAGCGCCAUGGACCCUGUGACGUACCGCUCUGCUCCCAGAGAUGGAUCUGUUCUUGAUGAUCGCAAAAGUGCCACAGAAUUUAUGGCAGCGCCUCUCCGUCGCUCGGGAUGCGAGGGUGCAGGCGAACAAUCCCCUGAGGUCGUAUCCUCAGCUGACGGGAAAAAGGGUAUUGCAAAUGUUUCGUUAGCAACCUCCCCUUCUUGCCGAGAAUUGGAUCUGGAAGUCAAUAACAGCAACGAAAAGAAAAGCAGCUGCAGCAGCGACAAAAAUGUGAAGAACAUGAGUAUGCCGGAGAAAGUGUUCUUUGGAAAUGCCCUUUCAUUUCAAAAUCUUAUUCUCGGGGUUCACCCCGAUGAAGAGGAGGAGGUGCGCUCCGUUCUUUCCAGGGUGGCUGCCAGUCGCGAAGCCAUGGCGUCUGCCCGGCAGGCAAGCGGCUCCUCCACGAUGGAGCUUCGGAGGCGAGUGGUGGAGGCCGUGAAACGGCUUCAAAGUAAUUUGAAGUGA